GGUAUAGAACUGCAUGCUGUGGACACAUAGCACGUGGAAUAGAACCAUAUCCAUGUGUGAACAUAACGUAUGUACCGACAAGUUUGUUUGCGGACAUGGCUACGUAGUUGCUAAUGUGCACCACCCAUGAACAUUGCGCUGACUUAUAGGGCGGAAAAGCGAUUACACGUUCUUUUAUAGGCCUGGCCGCUCUCAGUCUUCUCUCUGAUAUAAUGCUCACGGAAGAUCUUUGUCGCGGUGUUUUCUCGGGACCGAUUGCUCUGUGUGGUGAUAAAGAGUGGUAAACGUGAUGUGCCAGUUUCGUCGACCGCUACGGCUGUGACCGCUACAGCUGGUGUGGGCAGUAAUCACGAAUGAACGUUGUAUGCUUGGAAUGAGAUCGCCAUCGUCGUUGCUGUCAUUGUCACUGACGUUUGAUGAUCGCGUGAGGUUACAGCGUCGUUACAAAUGACGCAGACUGAGCUGCUAGGUCGAAUCCCACUGUCGGGGGACUCGUCUUCAUACAGGAAAAAUGUUCAGGGAUAUGAGAAGUAGCGCGGCGUCUUUCUGUUGAUCUGGGAAAGUUUGUAGAUAACGCACGCACACGCGUUACCGCACACGACACGUCCGGAAGCAUCCCUCUCCCUUUCAUUUGCUGCUUGAAGAUUAAUGAAUGCGGCUCAGGAGAGAUAUCAUUUUGCGGCAAGUCUUGGUUGAGACUACUAUCGACACCCGGGAUCAACCGAAAGAUCGCCUUAUCAAGGUUCCACCUUUCUAUCAAGACUGCCAUGUAAGACUGAAUCACUGAUGCAUGGGAUAAUUGUCUUUGAUGUCAAGUACGGUCAGCAUCAAUGGGAAACUGUUUCUCGUGCUUUAAAGUGCCACUUCCACCAUCAAUCAAUACUGAUCAACCUGUUGUUAUAGUAGAGCAUAAAGACGAACUGAUGGAACUCAGAGGUUUAUAUCCAAAUUCUUGCCAACAAUCUGGUUCUUUUAUGCAUGAAACACAAGUGAAUGGAAACAGAAAGUCUAUAAGUACACUGUCUACAUUUAAUGUAGGUUCCGAUAAUUAUGGAUCUAUGCCUAGUGUACAAAAUAACAUGCGUUUAUCUCGAGGAUUUUAUGCACGACUACAACCAUUAGGACGUUCUGGUACGUCAUCGGGUCUUAAUGCAACAAGUGAUCCUAAACAACAAAAAGAACCAUCGGAAAGCAAACUAAAUGCGCUUUUUGAUCAAUAUAAGGAUCAAGACGAUGUAAUAUUAGCUGAAGGCAUAGAAAAACUCUGUAAUGACUUACAACUAUCACCAGAUGAAUUCAAAGUUCUUGUGCUUGCAUGGAAGCUAAAUGCGGAACAGAUGUGCCAAUUUACACGUCACGAAUUUGUCACUGGAUUAAAGGCAAUGAAGGUCGACAGUCUACGUAGUAUACAAGCUCGGUUACCUGAGAUCGUUCAGGAAUUAAUGGUCAAUAGUGAUUUAUUCAAGGAUCUCUAUAGAUUCACAUUCCGAUUUGGCCUUGACGUGACGUCUGGUCAGAGAAUUUUACCAGUUGACAUGGCGAUUGUCUUGUGGAAACUGGUAUUCACGAUACGCGAGCCUCCGCUUUUGAUGAGAUGGCUCAAGUUUUUAGAAUGUCAUCACAUCCGAGGAAUACCUAGAGACACUUGGAAUAUGUUUCUAAACUUUGCCGAAAGUAUCGGGGAUGAUCUAGGCGCAUAUGAUGACGCAGAAGCAUGGCCAAGUUUAUUCGACGACUUCGUGGAGUACGAAAAUGACCAAAUGAACCAAAAUAUUACUAAAGAUGACAUUAUGAAAGAUGCUUCUAUCGACAAAGCUUAAUGUUUGUAUUAUAAGAAAAAUCACACAUAAGUGGAGCAAAAGAUAUUAUUCUCUUAAAUCCGACCUUUGAACAGGAUCGUCUACAUUAUCCUGACAUACAACGUUUAUCAGUAUGAUAUUGAAGAAGUGAUACUUGUAAUUAUUAGUCUUUUUUUACAAUUUUAGAUUUUAUAAAAUCGAAAAUUUAGAUAAGAUCAAUAAAAGUCAACGUGGUUACCAAUGUACAACUAAAUAUCUAAUCUUAUUAUUACCUAAAUCGAAGGUGGUGUAUUUUUGCACUUUAGAGCUUCAGCAUAGAACGCCAUAAUAUUCUAUCUUCUUUUAGUAUCCUACCUUAUAACCACGUUAGCUUUUCUCGGUCUUAUUUAAGUUUUUUAUUUCUUAAAUAUAACAACUUUAAAUUCCUUUCUAAUUUAGAUCGCGUAUUCGUCAUAUCUUGCAUUAUUUUGACAUUAAUUUACUAUAUAUUUUUUUCUAAUGUACAUACGUAUUUUCAUGUAAUAUUUAAUUACAUCUUAUAUAUAUAAUUCGCGCGAGAAACGACUCAUAUUGCAGAUUUUAACACAUACUGGCAGCAAAUUAAUGUAUUGUCUAUGUUUUAUGUGAACAAAGUACACAUUAAUCAUCAAAAUUGUAUUUUUAUACUUUGAUCAUAAUAUAUACAUAUAUAUCAUAAUAUGUCUAAUCUAUAUCUGUUAUGUUUUACAUAAUUACUACUGCACUUAUGAUAAUGAGUAUGAUGGGUGAAUAGAGUUUUAUUGUCUUACGGACAAUUCAGGACAUGUACAUGUGUACCGCACAAACUUCGCUUUUUUUAUUAAGUCGUGAUAUGUGUAUAUGUAAAUAUAUAUAUAGAAUAUUUUUUAGUUAUACGGUACAAAUAUGUGUAUAUAACAUAUAUAUUUUAAAUAUAUAAUGAAGAAUCUACGUCUAAUAGUAAAAAACUCUUCAAAAGAAACUUCCAAAAUUGUAAAGAACAAUGGUAUAAUUGGCGAUUUUUUUAAUUUAUGAGAAAAAAAUAUUUUACAGCAUGAUUAUGUAUGUUUUCAAGAGGCAAUAAUUUUUUUAUUCUAAAAACAAUAAAAAUUAUAAUAAAUAUAACAAUUUACCUAUAUAAAUGUUACAAUUUGUUCUUAUUUUGUUUGGAUCAAAGAUUUAUUAAACUAAUCAUUUAGAAAACCGUUCACAAGUAAGAAAUUAUAGAUAAAUUAUAAAUUUUAUAAAAUUUUAUAGAGUUUGCGCUAAAAUAUUUAACUCAAUUAUGAAUCGAACAUAAACUUAUUACAUAAAGUGUUUACAUGUGCUUACUCUUCAACAAAAUUAAUGAAUGUCUAAUAAUAUAAACAAAUUUCUAACAUUUUUGCUAGAAACUUAGAGUGUAAGAAAAGAUGUUUAGAACUUUAUAGAAAAAAAAGCUUUAAUGAAAAUUCUAAGGAAGAUUCUGUUCAAAGGAGUUCGUUCAGGGAAACGUAAAAAAAUUGUAAUUUUGCAUAAAAGCAUAGAAAGAAAUUCUCACAAUCUAAAUUUUUGAUAUACUGUGUAUAAGUGUAUGCAGUUUUUAAUGUGUGUAUAUAUGUACAUAUAUAUACACACACACACACACAUAUAUUCAUACCUACAGUAGUGAUCGCUUGUAGAUCGGUGAUUAGAGAGUGUUCUAUCGGGUACGAGAACAGAGCGCACUAAUUUUAAGACUGAGCUAGUCGUUCAAUAUUAUAAAAACAAGAAUCGGAUUGUUUUCGUUUUUGUGAUGUAGUAGAAGUAAAUUCACUGAUUUACGGCAAGCUGUGACUACUGUAUAUGUAUAUAUUAGGGAGAGAUUUUGUUUAUUAUAAAUAAGUUUUAUUUUCUUGAUAUGUAAAUCCCUAAAACAAGUUGACAUUUAUGUAAAAGAUAUUUUCUGAAAUAUCUUGCUCGAAAAUGUUCACCGUCCUUAUUCUGUCUGCAGUACCUGAUACAGGUACAAUAUGUACAUAGAUGGCUUGAAAGUAUAUGAUGUAUAGAUUUUAAAACAAUGCUUAAAAGAAACAGGAUUUGACAAAAAAAAUAUAUCAUAAUAUUUUAAAAUUACAAGUAUUAUGUACUUUAA